AUGAUAAGUGUGCUCAAUAGUCUGAAAACUAGUGCAAUAGAGCAGGAUGCGGCAGAUUUCGAUCCCUCGGGAACUGGGGGACCUAGCCAUCAGAAGGACCACACAGACACUUCAAGAUCAAAUCACGAAGACGCAGCUUCGACCGGAGUCACAAGCAUAACUACAGGGUUGUCGGAGCUGUUAUGGACCGGCUCAGACAAUCUCGGACAUGACUUGAAUGAUGCGCCGUUGGAAUCUAAGACUGCAUGGCUGAGCAAUGUCUUUCCCGAUAUACCUAGACGAGAGUUAGGUGUCAUACUUGAAAGCCACGCAGGAUCUUUGGACAAGGCGACUGAUGAGCUCUUGAACCUAUCUUUUCUGUAUCAGGGCACGGGAGACGCAUUUCCAGAGGUUACGCCAGUCCCGAAGGGCGUCGAGGCCUUUGCAGAAGACGCGAUGCGGCCGAGGAAGGGUAGGAAGAAGAGAAGGAACAGAACGACAGACUCUUCAAGAACAAGUUCUGCCUCUUCAUAUUUACCUGACGAUGAGAUAUCCAACUACAAUGUUUGGUCUACAAUGUCUGAUGAUGUACAAUUCAUUUGUUCUAGGACUGAUCUCCCGGCCCAAACCGUUAGAUCCAUUUAUCACUCCAACGGAGCUCGCCUUGGACGAACAAUCCGAGCGCUUGCCAUAAAAGAAGCUGCCACGAAGAAGUCCAGCACGGAUGAUCCCAUAAUGGAGCUCCAAAUCGCUGAAUUCACCACCGACUUUGAGAGCGUCCCAAAAGCGGAGCUGUACGGUCUAUUGACUUUGGCCCGAAACAUUCCUUCUGCGGCUCGGGAGCUGCUGGAGGUCAUGAUGGAUGUCAACCGAAAGGAUGGGACUGCCAAUAUCGCUCUGGAUGCUCAAUAUGCACCCAUCAAACUGGAAGAUGACCAACCCCUUGACUCACCUUCAUCAAGUUCGUCGUGGACGACAAUGAAGCCUGCUGCACGAGACUCGGCUGCAAUUCACAGAGCCGCCGCUUCCCACAGCUUCAAUCAAGCAAGUGCCGCGUUCAAGAAGAGUAAAUCUGAUCGCCUUAUGGGCGGUGCAGCAGCGUACUACUCGCAAGUCGGCCACGAUCGAAUGAGAGUGGCUAAAGAAAUGCAUGCGGCAGAAGCAGAUGCGCUUGUCGCGAGACAAUCAUCCACAACCGUUCUUGACCUUCACGGCGUAAGCGUGGCAGAUGCGGUCCGAAUCGCCAGCGACAGAACGCAAAGUUGGUGGGACGGACUGGGCGACGCGAAAUACGCCUCAGGAGGUGGUGGACCGAUGAGGGCAGGCUUCAAGAUCGUGACCGGGGUCGGCACUCACAGUAAAAACCAUGCACCAAGGAUAGGGCCUGCGGUCAGCAAAAUGCUGAUCAGGGACGGGUGGAGGGUCGAGAUUGGCCAUGGAGAGGUCGUCGUGACGGGAAAGACUCGACGCUCUUGA